UUUUGAGCUGUUUGAUUGUGGGAAAUAAACCUAUAUUCACGGCUGCAAGUUUGAAGUUGACUGGUGUUUGCAUGAAUGACAUAAAGAAGGCAUGGUGGGACAGGCUACAAAUAUUGAUAAGCUUUCUCCGUUACUGAAUUUACACAAUUUAAAGAUGAGAUUUCUAUAUUAUAAUCGGAGAAUAUAAUAGAAUUUCAGGAAGUUUUAUAAACAGCAUAUCCUUAAUCUUACCCAGAGAGCUUCCAGGAAGGAAAAGAGGCUUGAAAUAUGUCUCGGUUUCUCCUCUUAUUGUUGCUCGGUUUCUUCUUUAAUAAUUUCUCCGAGAGUAGCCAUGAUCAGAAACUAUCUGCAGUUGUUGUUGGAACUGUCUACUGUGAUACAUGUUUCCAAGAGGAAUUCUCGAGGACUAGCUAUUUCAUUUCAGGGGCAUCAGUUGCAGUGGAAUGCAAAGAUGGGACUUCAAGGCCAUCUUUUCGGCAAGAAGUGAAAACCAAUGAGCAUGGAGAAUUCAAAAUUCAUUUGCCUUUUUCAGUUAGCAAACAUGUCAAGAAAAUCAAGGGAUGUUCAGUGAAACUGAUUAGAAGCCGUGAGCCAUACUGUGCUGUGGCCUCAACGGCAACUUCUUCUUCACUCCAUCUCAAGUCAAGAAUGCACGGAACUCAUAUUUUCUCUGCUGGGUUUUUUACCUUCAAGCCACUUAAACAACCGACCCUAUGUAGCCAAAAACCAAGUACUCAAAAUCCAAAACAACUCAAAAACAAAGAACCUCCAGCACAAAAUGUACUCCAUCCUGAGUCCUUCUUAUCAACACCAUCAGUUUUUCCACCAGAUGACGCUGUUCCGGCACCUCCCAUCCUGACUCCAAACCCUUUUCAGCUACCUCCCCUGCUUCCUCCAAACCCCAUUCAGCCUCCUCCCUUGCUUCCUCCCAACCCUUUUCAGCCACCUCCCCUGCUUCCUCCAAACCCCUUUCAGCCUCCUCCCUUGCUUCCUCCCAACCCUUUUCAGCCACCUCCCCUGCUUCCUCCAAACCCCUUUCAGCCUCCUCCCUUGCUUCCUCCCAACCCUUUUCAGCCACCUCCCCUGCUUCCUCCAAACCCCUUUCAGCCUCCUCCCUUGCUUCCUCCCAACCCUUUUCAGCCGCCACCAGCUCCACUUAUUCCAAACCCGUUUCAGCCUCCUCCAGCUCCACUUAUUCCAAACCCGUUUCAGCCUCCCCCGGCUCCACUUUUUCCUCCAAACCCGUUUCAGCCUCCCCCGGCUCCACUUUUUCCUCCAAACCCGUUUCAGCCUCCUCCAGCUCCACUUAUUCCAAACCCGUUUCAGCCUCCCCCGGCUCCACUUUUUCCUCCAAACCCGUUUCGGCCUCCUCGAGCACCUCCGUCACCAUUGUUUCCUUUUCCACCAAUUCCAGGGCUAACUCCACCAUCACCACCACCACCACCACCACCAUUCUUCCCAUUUCCUCUUCCUCCAUUCCCUUUCCCACCUAUACCUCCUUUCCCCGGCAUCCCCCCUGCAUCGACUUCACCAACGAAAUCUUCUCCUUGAUUAAUGAAUACUAUUCCUCAAUGUAUAAUUCUCCAAUAAUAUUUGUCACACUCUAGUCAGUCCUUUUUUGUUUCUUUUCCAUUUUCCUUUUCUAGUGAUGAAAUUAUACAGUCAUGUAAGUGCCCAAACUGUGGGGUCGUCUCUGAAUUGUUUUUAUGACAGUGCCGAUUGUCAAUAAGAAGCCCCGUGAUACAAUUAUUGUACUAUAAUAAAUCCAUUCCUGGAGUUAUCUGGCAGGAUUCUUAGUAGUGCACAAGGAAUCAGAGAAAAGCAUGAUUAA